AUGCUUCCUGAUUUGUCAUCACACUUACACACUCUGGAAUGCAAUUUUUUGAUUGAUCUCUAUAAAGAAUGCGAACAGCAAAAACCUUUUGCAAAAAUUUUUGGUGGUUGCAGUUAUUUUCAUGAAGCUGUAUGGCAGUGUUUAACAAAAGAACGAGAAUUUAAAAGGUCACUCAACAAAACCGUCGGCAGUCGAAAUAUAGGUGGUUAUAGGCUUCCUGAAAGUUUAUAUACACCUGUAUUGAAAAAGCUUAAAGAAGAGGGAUCGCUGAAUUUCACUCAAUCGGAAGGCUGUAAAAUAUAA